AUGGCUAUCUCUAUGCAUUUCUCCGGUUAUCUUGCCACCCCUAACCGGGUUGACAUUACUUUACCGGCGGUUCAGCCAAGAAUAUUCCAAUCAUGGAAGCCUGUCCCUAUUCGGUGCUCAUCUAAUCUGGCCGGGGACGGCAAUGAGUUUGACACUAAGAAGUUCCGGCCGUCUGGAGGACAGGAGGAGAUGCAAGUUGAGUUCAUCCCGGUGGAAGAUGGGAAGAAACAAUUUGAAGUUGUUAAUCAAGGUGAUGUUGUUGUUUUGCCUGCGUUUGGCGCUGCCGUUGGGGAGAUGUUGCCUUUGACUCACAAGAAUGUGAAAAUAGUUGAACUACUUGUCCAUGGGUUACAAAGUUAUGAGAAGCAUAAGAAAAAUGAUUAUACUUCAAUCCUUCAUGGUAAAUAUGCUCAUGAAGAGACCAUAGCAACUGCAUCAAAUGCCAAGAGGUAUAUCAUAGUGAAGAACAUGUUUGAGGCAACAUAUGUUUGUGAUUACAUUCUCGGUGGUAAGCUGGAUGGAUCGAGCUCUACAAAGGAAUCAUUUCUCAAGAAAUUUGAGCUUGCGGUUUCAGAAGGUUUUGAUCCUGAUGUUGAUCUUGAGAAAGUUGGUAUAUAUCGCGAACCAAACAACAAUGUUGAAGGGAGAAACAGAAGAGAUUGGAAAAUUGGUGGAGACGACUAUGAUGAAAAAGUACGGAGGCGAAAACAUCAAUGCCCACUUCUUAAGUUUCAACACUAUUUGUAA